GUGGUUACAAGACGUCAAUGAAGUGAUUCAUUCGUUCGACAACAUUUUUCGUUUCAGUUUUGUAUCUUAAUUUCACAUUCGGAUAUCGGAAUAUACUAUGCCCCGUUUUGAGAAUCAUCAUGUCUCACUGGUCUACAUUGCAACAGUGUGGUUACUAGCAAUAACGAUAUCAGCUAAAGAUGAUCGCUCGUUUGGAACCUUUGUGCCGGCAGUGAACAGACAGUUGCCUGGGUUCGAUCAUGCAAAUCAAGGGAGGUGGAUUGCGCCAUUCUACUUCAUUCACGUGACGGACAUUCAGUUCGGAUUUAUUGCAGCACGACGCGUGCCACCUGGGACCGGGUGGUCUCAGGAGAUUGAUAAUGCAAAUAGAUUUGUUGACGCUGUCAACAGUAUGGAUCCGAAGCCGAAGUUCGUCGUGAUGACAGGGGACUUGGUUGAUGCGAUGCCGGGUGAAGAGAGCCAAGCCGAACAACAGGAAACUUUCCGGGAGUUAUUCUCCGAGCUGGACACUGAAAUCCCUUUCAUCUGUCUACCAGGAAACCACGACGUUGGGGACAACCCCACUUCAGCUACAAUUAGUGACUACAAGGCAAAUUUCGGGGACGACUACUUUUCAUUUUGGGUCGGAGGUGUCAAAUUCAUUGCAUUGAAUUCCCAGUAUUUGGCCAACGACGCAGAUCCCGAUCAGGUAGCCGAACAGAAGGCCGAGCAGGAUGAGUGGCUACAAAAUGAGCUGUCUCAUCCCACCUUCAAACCAAAUCAUACCAUUCUCUUUCAACACAUCCCGUGGUUCUAUGGGUCUCCAUAUGAGGGCGCUGACAUGUACAACAUUCCAGUGAUUCAUCGACUCAAUUGGCUGACACGACUGAAAGAAGCAGGCGUGAAUAACGUUUUCGCUGGACACAUGCAUCAAAACGCCGGCGGUCACGACCAUGACCUUGAAAUGACCGUGACCUCGGCCUUGGGUGCACAGUUAGGCAACGACGAAGCCGGAUUCAGAAUCGUGAAAGUCUACGGCGACCAGGUGGCGCACGAAUACGUCGAGUUGGACAAGCCUCCGGUGGACAUAUCUUUGUAAAAAGUUGGGGUUGCAAAUGGGGCAAUAGGCCUAUAUGUUGGUUUUUAAUGGAAAUAUGGCUUCCAGCAGUGACCGUGACUUCUCGGUGGGGUCACCUUUUCACUGUCAUGAACACUUCACUAGUGUAACGGUGGGCCUACCGGUCCUGACCGAACAAACCGAAAGAGCGAGGACAGAACUUCGUUGCCAUGGAACCUUUUUUGCAAAUGGCGCCUGCUGUUGCUAUGGCGACGUUUUUUUACCUGGCCUGAAACCGACAGCAACUAUUGUGACGGUUCAUGUGGUGCACUUCGAGAGGCGGAGUAUAUUGAAAAUCACUGUAUUAUUACCAAAAAACUCCACAACUGCAUUGUGCAUAUAAAAGGAAGUUUUAUGAUAUAAUAAAAUAGUACAUGCACC